AUGUUCGGGAAACCAGACAAAAUGGACGUUCGGUGCCACUCGGACGCAGAGGCUGCCCGGGUGUCGAAGAACGCCCACAGGGAGAGCCGGGACAGCAAGGGCGCGGAGGGGAGCCUCCCCGCUGCCUUCCUCAAGGAGCCGCAGGGCGCCUUUUCGGCGUCAGGCCCAGUGGAAGACUGCAACAAAAGUAAAGCAAAUUCCGCCGCCGACCCGGAUUACUGCCGCCGGAUCCUGGUCCGAGAUGCCAAGGGGUCCAUCCGAGAGAUCAUCCUGCCCAAGGGCCUGGACCUGGAUCGGCCCAAGAGGACACGCACGUCCUUCACUGCGGAGCAGCUCUACCGGUUGGAGAUGGAGUUCCAGCGCUGCCAAUACGUGGUGGGCCGCGAGAGGACCGAGCUCGCCCGACAGCUCAACCUCUCCGAGACCCAGGUGAAGGUCUGGUUCCAGAAUCGGCGCACAAAGCAGAAGAAGGACCAGGGCAAGGACUCGGAGCUGCGCUCCGUGGUUUCGGAGACCGCGGCCACGUGCAGCGUGCUGCGGCUGCUGGAGCAGGGCCGCCUACUGUCGCCGCCUGGCCUGCCCGCGCUGCUGCCGCCUUGUGCCACCAGCGCUCUCGGCUCAGCGCUGCGCGGGCCCAGCUUGCCGGCCCUGGGCGCGGGCGCCGCCGCAGGGUCAGCGGCAGCAGCGGCUGCCGCCGCCCCAGGUCCCGCCGGCGCCGCGUCCCCGCACCCGCCGCCCGUGGGUGGCGCCCCGGGUGCCGGGCCGGCUGGGCCAGGGGGACUGCACGCAGGCGCGCCGGCGGCCGGCCACGGCCUCUUCAGCCUGCCGGUGCCCUCACUGCUUGGCUCGGUCGCAAGUCGCCUAUCCUCCGCCCCUUUGACAAUGGCCGGUUCGUUGGCCGGGAAUUUGCAAGAACUCUCCGCGCGAUACCUGAGCUCCUCGGCCUUCGAGCCUUACACCCGGACCAACAAUAAAGAAGGGGCCGAGAAAAAAGCGCUGGACUGAUUUUAAGUAUUUCCCUGUAUUUAUAUUUAUAGUAUCUAUUGUGGUGAUGAUAUUUAUGGACUCAUGCGCUUUAGGCCCCGAGUCUCCUGCGCUGGAGUCCCGACGCCCAGCCUCCCUCGAGGUCUCCGACAGUUCUCCUUCCCUACGAGACUCUGCUACCAAUAUAUUUCAUUUGGGCUAUUUUUUUCCCUGCCCUUCCUCCGUGUCAACCCUCUGCCCCAACUUCCUUCUGAAAGCAGGAGAAUCCAAAGAAUUGGGGGAAAUGCCCGAGUUAACCAACCUGAUGUCCCAACCAAUAACUGGCCCUGGAGGGAAAAGACUGGUUAUAAAUCCAAAGCACAGGACAACUGCUCUAGAUCGGCUGCUGCUGCCACUGAUUACUAUGAAUAUUUGAAAGAGGAAAGCUUCACGCAGACCCCAGGGGCUGAAAAGGCUGGCAGGUUUCAUUAGCCCAAAAAGAAGGACGUUCCUUCCUCUCGCCAGAAAAACCAGGGCUUUUGGAAGCCCCUGGGCCCCACUUUGCGGGCCUCUCGGGAGAGCCGGUGCACGCGCAGCUUGCUGGCUGGACAAAUCCUGCGGGGUUGUCUCUUCUUUACAGCAACUCCAAUCAGAACCAUCCCGAGCUCAGCAGACAAUGAACCAAACAUCAGGGUGGGCAACAGUGGUAAUAAAGUUGAUCUAACGAGCAAUAAACCAGAGUAACAGCUACCACGUAAAACAAGAUGAAGUGGAACCAGUUUUUAAAUAUUCAAAACAAUGGAGUUUGGAAGGUUUGAGAAAAUUCAGGAUAAAGAAUGAGCCGCAGGGCAAUGCAAAAUUAAAGUUCUGGGUGUUACGACUUUAAACAAGAAUUCAAAAGGGAAAAACAAAAGAAAACCCAGCGCCGCUAAUGAAAGAAAAUUCAAAACCUUUUCUCCGAGGCUGUUCCGGGCGGUGGCCGGCAGCCCCACGCUCCUCCAGGAGAAAGAGCCCACAGGGUCCUCCCGGCGGUGUUGCGGUCGCCGGCGCGUCUCCCAGACGCGUGGCUCUGGGCACAGUGUUGGGUUUGGAAAUGAAUCGUGACCAUUUGAUCCUUUCCCCGACUCCCGGAUUCACAGAAACCGUUCCAGCAGGGAGGAAACGCCCGGAUUUCAGGGCAAUUCUUGGCGGACUGGGAGGCAGGGACGCAGCUGGGGACAGCAAGGCGGCCCAGCCUCCUCUGCCGGCCGUCUCGGUGUCCAGAUGAGCGGCCUGCGUGGAUAGGAAAGGCGCACCUCUGCAACCCUCUUCCAAAGCAAACCCCAGGGUUUCUUUUCCAUGGGCCCAAGUCGGUAACCCCGCACCGCCACGCAGUCAGGGCCUCAGCCCUCACCGGCUCAGCGACCACCGUCGUCCCCGCAGCCACCGCCACCCGCAAUUUAACCAAAACCACAGACCCAGACGGCGAGGUGCCGCAGUGUCUAGAAUGUAUUCUUCCACCUGAAGCGAGCGCAGAGCAUUUUUUAAAUAGUAAUUUUAUUGUAAAUUAUUUACGUCAAAAGCUCCUUUCCUUUUCCUUUUUUUUUUUUUUAAGGAAAUAGUGAAGAAAUAAUGAACGAUUCAAACGGGGUAGGUGUCACUGAAUCCUGGCUACUAACUUUGUUCUGAAUGUUUUGGAUAUUUGGAUGUUUUGUAUUUA